AUGAUUUGUAAAAGUGUAUACUGUAUCAUUAUUUCCAUUCUUAUUUUCUCACUAACAUUGCCAUUAAUACAAGUUCGUAGUCAACUUAUUGGUGAAGGAAUACCAUGUACAAAAGAAGGUGCCAAGAUUGAUUUGGCAGAUGUAACACGUGGUUUGGUCACGUCACCUUGCUAUCAUUGCGUGUGUAAGAAUGGUAUAAUAACAUGCGUAUUGGAAAAAUGUGAAUCAUUGAAGAAUUGUCCAACAGUGUGGGAUCGUAAUAAUAAUACAUGCUGUAUAAAAUGUUUGCAUUGUAUUCAUUUGGGUAUUAAACGAAAUAAUAACCAAAUUUGGACAAGCACACAGGAUAGGUGCACGCAAAUUUCAUGCAAAGCUGGUAUUAUAACAAGUUGGCGGAUUCAAUGUGUAUCAAAUUGUUCAAAUGGACGUUUGUUGGCUGGGUUUUGUUGUGGAUUAUGCUUAACACCAAUAAAAGUUAAGGAUCGAUGUAUUCGAUGUGAUUUGGUAUUAAAUCAAUGGUACCAUUGUUAUCGUUUUACUUGUCCCGUACUGAAUUGCCCAAUAUCUCAACACACAAGACAUCCGAAAAGAUGUUGUCCGGAAUGCAAAAGUCAUACUGUUAUUUCGGAAGGCUCAAACUUGACAAUAUCAAACAGUUCCCAUUGCUUGUUUCGUGGAUGGCACUAUCUUGUGCAUGAUACAUUUCGUAUAGAUCCAUGCUCACGUUGUACUUGUCAACCAGGUGGAAUUGUCUGUAGAAGAUUUGUUUGUCCAAUUAAACAAUGUGACAUGUCGCAUAUAUUUUAUAAACCGAAUGUUUGUUGUCCAUUUUGCUACAGAAAAGAAAAUACAUGCAAAAGAAUUGAUAUCAAUGGAAAUGAAAUUGUUGUAGAACAUGGCACAAAAUGGACAUUGGAUAAUAAUUGUUCUAAUUGCAUAUGUAUUAAUGGUUAUAUAAAAUGUAAAAAAACUGACUGUCCACGGAAAAAGAAAUGUCCACAAGGACAACAUUUCAAAAAAAUGAAUGGAUCAUGUUGUCAUCAAUGUGAGCUAAAGGAAAGCUCAUGUACUAUAUUCGGUAAUCCAAAUUAUAUAACAUUCGACAAAUUUGGUUAUUCAUUUCAAAGAACGUGUAGUUACAUUUUCACGCAAGAAUGCUCACAUAAUGGAAUUGAUCCACAGUUCAAAAUAAUUGGCGUAAACAGUGGGCGAUCAUCGUUAACGUGGACACGACGUGUAAUUAUUUAUAUAUCACUUUUCAAUGGAACGUACUUUACCAUACAUUUAUUGCCAAAAAAGGUUAUACGUGAACAUACGAAGAUAAUCAAUAUUCCGUAUGUUCGUUACAGUGAUUGGCCAGAAUAUCGAGCUUUCGAGGACCCUUCCAAUGGACACAUUGUUGUUUCAUUUAAAUUGAUCGGUUUAAAAGUAAUUUGGGAUGGGGAAUCGUUUGUUGAAAUUGUCCUCACCAAACGAUAUCAAUCCAAGGUUUGCGGUUUAUGUGGUAACUUCAACGGUAAUCCCAAUGAUGAUUUGAUAUCUCGUUAUGCGGCCUCAUCAAGUUAUUCCGUAUCACAUUUUGCCCAACCCUGGGCCUAUGAUAUUGCAUGCAUACGAAAUCAAACAAAGACAUUAUAA